AUGACCAUCGUGGUGGAGAGAGCUAUCGGCCUGGGAGUUCUCGAGGUUAUAGCCGUCGCAGCGAGGUCACCUCCACGAAUGCGCUCACCUCCAAGUCGUUUUGUCGCCGAUACCUGGGCACCAUCUCCAGGUCGGCCAUACACCCGCCCCAGGAGCCGCUCACCCCCCCUAUACAGACGCCGUUCAAGAAGCCCACCCCCGUACAACAGAGCCGUUGGUGUCGUUUCAUACACGAAAACAUACGCCUCUCGGAAGUUCUCGCCUCGUCGAGAUGUGAGAGCGAGAUCUCCUGUAUCGUCAUCGAGGCGGCCAAGAUCGCCUUUUAGAGAAGAUCGAGCUCGCGACAGCACUUGGAGCCAUAACACCUCGACCUCGAGGCAGCCAGGAGACUCUUCUGGCCGCGAUUACGGGUAUUAUAGAGCAAACCGCCGCCCACCUUCCGCUGGCCGGCAUACGAGACCUGGUUCACCUCCGAGGAAUGGAUUAUCAUUUGAUGACGACCAGUGUCCAGCUCCUCGCGCUCGGAGUCCUUUCACAAAUGGGCGCAGAGAUACCACCGCUGACCGCUAUCAUGGACAGAGACGACGGUCUCAAUCCUCGAAUGGCACAUUCGCCAAACGCCCCUCUGCGCCUGGAUCUAUGUCUAACUCAAGGCGGUCAUCACCCUUUGAUGAUAGGAAUAAUAGCAUAAGAAGCAAUAGAAGUCGAUCGCCGCAUACCAGUUAUACCCCAGGUCGUCGCCGUUCCAGGGAGAGAGAGACAUCGACGAGCCGGGAUCAUCAUGCGUCGGCGGCUAAAAGCACGAUCGAAACGCCGGAAGCCAGACUUAAAUCACCUGGCUCAGAGAGGAUGAUUACGGAAACGUCCUCUUUCUCGACUAAUGCCGAAACCCCCCAGACAUCCGAGCAACUUGGCAGGACAACCCUCACUAGAACGUCGUAUCCUAGCAAUGCCCCGAGCCAGCCGAGGGCAUUCAGCAACAAUCGCAACCGCAAGUCGCCCUCACCGCCGGGUCCACCACAUGGUCCUAAGACCCUUCCAUCUCACCCUCGUUCGUCGAAUAUCUCCCUUUUGUCUGCCCCGACACGGCCUCGUGGAAGCUCGAAUUUCAAAGACAGCGGCUGGGCAGGCCCCUCAAUGCGCCGUGGGCCUGCACCUUCUGGGCCGCAUGGAAUGCCUAUUGUGGCCCGAAAUAAUCAUUUAUCAGCUUCUGGGACUGAGUUACAGCGCUCUCGCUCCUGUCGUCCUAAUAGCGUCCCAGGGACCUCUCCGAACACGCCGAGACACGCCAAAUAUCUUGUUGGUCUCAAUACGAUUGUACCUGGAGGUAAGCUCGCACCAACCGAGCUCGACAGUAUAACAGAGAAACGCCUCUCCCAGCUUGACGCAGAUAAGGAUCGACUUUUCAAUCAAAUUGCAGAGAGCCAAAAGCUGAAGCGUGCCGGCUUACGGGACUGGGAUAAGUUAGAUAGGGAAAGUUCAAUCUGCGCUUUGAAAAGCGAAUUGGCUGAAGGUCAUUUACAAUGUAUCACUGAUGCUGAAGGUAUAUUUGGCAGGGCAUUGUUUUGAUAGUCCGUGCUAGCCUGGCUCAAUUGUACUGUGGCCGUUCAUGAGCGUCCAUCUACUGCUUUCAUGUUCUUGACUUGGCGCAGAUAUCAUGUUGAUUGCAAGCCAUAGUACUCGAAAAUAACCCCUAUCAUACCAUCCUGCUA